UCCUGCGGAUCCCCCUCCAGCUCCCACUUGGUAGCGCCCGCUUUGUCAGCGCGCAGCGCUAGCCGAGCGCCCUGCAGCUCUCGCCAGGUCUCACAGCAGACGGUGCCGACGCAGCGCUCUGGCGCCUUGCUCUCGGGCUCUGCUCCCCGGGAUUUCCCCAGGACCUGCGCCGCGCGAGAAGGAGCCUGGGAGCAUCCGCCCAGACUGCCCGGACAGUCGGCUCGACUCGCUGCCCUCGGCCCCAGCCGGGCUCCGCGUUGGUGGCGGCGGCGCCCGGCAUGUUUCAUAGUCCGCGGCGGCUCUGCUCGGCCCUGCUGCAGAGGGACGCGCCCGGCCUGCGCCGCCUGCCAGCCCCAGGGCUGCGCCGCCCGUUGUCCCCGCCGGCGUCUGCUCCCAGGCCCGCAUCCCCUAGGCUGCUGGCGGCGGUCUCAGCGGCCUCGGGCGCCGCGAGGUCGUGUUCCCGAACAGCGUGUUCCAUGGGAACCGGUACAAGCAGACUCUAUAGUGCUCUCGCCAAGACACUGAACAGCAGCGCUGCCUCCCAGCACCCAGAGUAUUUGGUGUCACCUGACCCAGAACAUCUGGAGCCCAUUGAUCCUAAAGAGCUUCUUGAGGAAUGCAGGGCCGUCCUGCACACCCGACCUCCCCGGUUCCAGAGGGAUUUUGUGGAUCUGAGGACAGAUUGCCCUAGUACCCACCCGCCUAUCAGGGUUAUGCAGUGGAACAUCCUCGCCCAAGCUCUUGGAGAAGGCAAAGACAACUUUGUACAAUGCCCUGUUGAAGCACUCAAAUGGGAAGAAAGGAAAUGUCUCAUCCUAGAAGAAAUCCUGGCCUACCAGCCUGAUAUAUUGUGCCUCCAAGAGGUGGACCACUAUUUUGACACCUUCCAACCACUCCUCAGUAGACUAGGUUAUCAAGGCACGUUUUUCCCCAAACCCUGGUCACCUUGUCUAGAUGUAGAACACAACAAUGGACCAGACGGCUGUGCCUUAUUUUUUCUUCAAAACCGAUUCAAGCUAGUCAACAGUGCCAAUAUUAGGCUGACAGCCAUGACACUGAAAACCAACCAGGUGGCCAUUGCACAGACCCUGGAGUGCAAGGAGUCAGGCCGACAGUUCUGCAUUGCUGUCACCCAUCUAAAAGCACGCACUGGCUGGGAGCGGUUUCGAUCAGCUCAAGGCUGUGACCUCCUUCAGAACCUGCAAAACAUCACCCAAGGAGCCAAGAUUCCCCUUAUUGUGUGUGGGGACUUCAACGCAGAGCCAACAGAAGAGGUCUACAAACACUUUGCUUCCUCCAGCCUCAACCUGAACAGCGCCUACAAGCUGCUGAGUGCUGAUGGGCAGUCAGAACCCCCAUACACUACCUGGAAGAUCCGGACCUCAGGGGAGUGCAGGCACACCCUGGAUUACAUCUGGUAUUCUAAACAUGCUCUAAAUGUAAGGUCAGCUCUCGAUCUGCUCACUGAAGAACAGAUUGGACCCAACAGGCUACCUUCCUUCAAUUAUCCUUCAGACCACCUGUCUCUAGUAUGUGACUUCAGCUUUACUGAGGAAACUGAUGGACUUUUAUAAAUACUUGCUUUUGUCUUUUUAAUCACAAGAGUCUUAACGGGAUGUUUCAGGAAACAAAUAGGAUAAGACAAUGCCAGAGGAAGGAUAGAAACAUGGGAAGUUUCUAUCGUUUCAUUUUCUGUUUCCAGCAUGCCCUUGGAAAAUACUCCCUUUAGUUCACAGAUCUUUUCAAUUAAAACCUAUAGCAAAAAAGGUGUUUGCACUCCAAUUUUGGCUUGUAUUGUUUUCUUUUCCUUGAUAUUACAUUUUGAUCAUUUAAGGGCAUUAAAUUGGUUUGUUUUGGUCAGGUGCAGUGAUUGCUCAUGCCUGUAAUACCAGCACAUUGGGAGGCUAAGGUGGGAGAAUCACUAGAACCCAGGAGUUCAAGUCCAGCCUGGGCAACAUGGCAUGAGACCCCAUCUCUAUUUCUAAAAUAAUAAAUUUGGUUAUUUUGAAGCUUUUUCAGUUUGAGGAUGCUAUAAAAACUCAGACUUGCUUGAAUCUUCCAUAAUAGUAUGUAGGAGCAAUUUCUCUAAACAGCAUUUUAAGUUAUUUGUGGGUUUUUAAAAUGUCAACAAUAUGCAUGGCAAUAUUUAUUUUUUAUAUCUUCAUAUAAAAUUAAGUAAAUAAAUUAUAGCAUUAUGAACAUUUUAGAACCAUGCAGGAGAAGUUAUAGAGAAAGUAAUUUAUGGUAAUUUUCAUAAAGCUUUAAAAUAUUUUCAUUUGGGCUGUAACAAAAUGAGUGCAAAGGAACUAUUUAGCCUGGAGGGGCUUUUGUUAUUUAAAUGUCAGAUUUCUUUGAUACAUUCUUCAAAAAUAAUCCUUGUGCUGCCUCUACGUUCCCUGUUACUGUGUUUCUU